AUGCACGCCUUUGAAGUGUCUACGAUGAUGUCUUUUUCUGUGGAUAGCACCCAGAGCCUCGCGCACAAUCGCAUUGACAUUUUGAACCGCAGGUGGGCAGCAGCAAUGCUGUGCCUGGGUUCUGUCUGUGGCUUGACAUCCCUUGCUUUAGCAACGCUGGCUGGCAAUUUUAAUUCCAUCAGUGGCUUCGAGAUGAAGUACGCCUGCUUUCCACACAACAAGUGCCCUUCUGGACGCAGCUACCACGCUGAGACCGUGAGUGAGAUGGUGUCAAAGCCAGACUACCCCGCAGCAAAACUGUUCUUUAGCUUCACGUUGAUCGGCUCCAUCAGCCUGCUUCUGUCCCGGUACCCCUGGGAGCUGAAGAAUGUCUACACCGGUGGAAGCCCCACACGCCGAUUGCUUACUGCUGCUCGAGCAGUGCUUCCCCCUUGCGGGAUGCUCAUCGUAGCCACCAUUCCCGUCGUCCCCCGGGUCGCUCGCCAGAGCACCGCCAUUAAGCUCGCCUGUAGUGUGCACUCCUUCGGAGCUACGCUCUAUGUUGCUGGCUACAAUGCCAUGGAAAGUUGCACACUGUGGAUUUUAUGGGAGAAGCUUGACAAAACGGAGCGCGUCCUUCGUGCGACCUGUGUGGUUUUUGGCGUGCUCAGCACCAUCAGCUUUUUCAUGUGUGGCACGGUGUACUCCUACGCAAAAGAGCUUGGCAUGUGCUGUGUGGACGAAUGGGAGAAGACUGAAGCGGCAUUCGAGGCACUCUAUCACAUGGGUAAUCAGUCUGCCACCGCGAAGGUUGUAGAGCUGCUGAUUCCAAAAGUCUAUGGGCCUUUUGUUUUGACAGACUCAGCCUCCGGCAUUGCGCUGCUCAUCAAAAAGUUCGAAUUCUGGCUGGAAGAAUUUGCCGGGUUCUUCGUAAUUGUGAGUCACUUGCUCAUAUGGAAGUUUUGCAAAGUGCAACAUUUGGAAGUUCCAGAACUGUUAGAUAUCCGCAGCGGACAUGAGGUUCGGGACGUUCCGCAAGUAGCGCAAACUUAUUGA